CAAAAGGCCCGGAGAGAGGAGUCGUCGGCGAGCAACGGAGUGGGAGAGAUGGAGAAGAAGAGUUCGGGAGGAGGGGCGAAGGCUGCACCGACGGGCUGCUUCAAGUGCGGGGGUACGGGGCACUGGUCGCGCGACUGUCCUUCGUCUUCUUCAAACCACGAUGGGCCUAGCCCUAAUCUCGUCGCUACUCAGCCUCUCAGUAAGGCCUCGGCGGUCACCAAAUCCUCCAUGAAGAAGGCUCCGAGAACGAGGCCCAAGCUCACCCCGCAGAUCUUGCUCUCGGAGGACGGCCUUGGUUAUGUUCUUCGCCAUUUCCCUCGCGCCUUCAAGUACCGCGGCCGCGGCCAUGAAGCUGCUGAUCUUGGUAACUUGAUUGGCCUUUAUUCACAAUGGCAUUCUCAGUUGAUCCCGUACUAUUCCUUUGAUCAGUUCGUUCGCAAGGUUGAGCAAGUUGGUGCCACCAAACGAGUUACGAAAUGCAUAUCAGAAUUGAAGGAUAGGGUUGCCAAUGGAGGUGAUCCCUCAAAGCUUCAUGAAUCCCCUAUUGAAGAAGUUGCUCCAGAAAUCGAACAAGAUGAUCCAACUGCUGAAGAACCAGUUGCAGAUGCAGUAGAUCCACCAUUCGAUUCCAAUGAAGCAGACCACAUGCAGGAGGAUGAAAUUUUCAAUGAGAUUUAUCACAAAGCUACUGAAGAGGCUCAUCAUCCUUCAGCAAUCCUGGUUGCUACUCGAACACAUGAAUCAACACCAGAAGAACACGUUUCAGGCAUUGGUGCUGCUGUUCCUAGCAAAGUUCAGAUUUCAGAAGAACAAAGGGCAAGGAUGGAAGCCAACCGCCUGAAAGCACUAGAAAGGGCUGCAGCUCGUGCUCGUUCAGAGUCACAAAUCGAUGCUUCACAUGGAGAGCAGUGAGCAGAAUUAGGGUUUCAUCUGUGUGUAGCAGUGGAGAUGGGAGGAUGGCACAUAUGCCUUCAUUGUCUAAAAACCAAAAAAGAUGCAUAAUUCAACUAAAUCAAAACAAGAUACAGUAGACGUGCAUUUAAAUCGUAUACAACAACAAUAUUGAAGGUGCAUGUCUUUGUUGCAAAGGCUCUACUUCUAUACCAUUCUACCUUCUCUUUUCUCUCCCUUUCUUUUGUCUUAAAGAAAAAAAAAAUCAUGUUUUGCUGAAGAAAAAGGAAGAAACCCUAAGCCUGGCGUUUGGUUUGUGAUGUAUGUAAAUCUGUAAAUGUAUGAAAGUGUCGUUAAGUAAUAAAAAAUUAAAUUACUAGGAUUGUGAAUCAA